AUGACGUCUAGUGACAGUCGUAGUUUGGAGCUUAAAGCUCAAAUACAACAAUAUCUGGUUCAAUCCGGUAACUACGAAAUAAUCUCCAGCAAACUCACCCAAAUGCUGCUUGAAGAUGGUUGGAUGGAUGAAGUUAAAAGAUUGACCAAUGAGGAGAUCAAAUCGAAUGAUUCAACGAAUUUCACGCAAAUUCUCGCUAAAGUGGAACCUCAAGCGCUUGAAAUGGUCUCUGACUCUACACGAAACAAUGUGAUAAAUCAAAUUAGACAAUUUCUGGGUGAGAUUGUCGACACUGAAUAA